AUGGCGACCAAGCGGCUGGCACGGCAGCUUGGAUUAAUUAGGAGAAAGUCAGUUACACCAGCAAGUGGAAAUCCAGGAGGAAGCAGAUUCAGACAGUUGUAUGACUACUUAAUUGUCGUUGAUUUUGAGUCUACCUGCUGGAAUGACGGAAAGCACCACAGUAGCCCUGAAAUAAUUGAAUUUCCAGCAGUUUUGUUGAAUACAGCAACUGGAGAGAUAGAAUCUGAGUUUCAUGCUUACGUUCAGCCUCAAGAACAUCCAAUUCUUUCUGAAUUUUGCACAGAAUUGACAGGGAUAAAACAGGUUCAAGUGGAUGAAGGAGUCCCCCUGAAGAUCUGCUUAUCUCAGUUCUGUAAAUGGAUUCAUAAGCUUCAGCAGCAGAAGAAAAUCAGUUUUGCUACUGGGGACUCAGAGCCUUCUACUCCUGAAGUGAAGCCCUGUGCUUUUGUUACCUGGUCAGACUGGGACUUGGGCGUUUGCCUAGAGUAUGAGUGUAAAAGAAAGCAGCUGUUGAAACCUGUGUUCUUAAAUUCUUGGAUCGAUCUCAGAGCAACUUACAAGCUUUUUUAUAACAGAAAACCCAAAGGACUAAGUGGUGCCUUGCAGGAAGUGGGAAUAGAAUUUUCAGGACGAGAACAUUCUGGCUUAGAUGAUUCUCGGAACACUGCUCUUCUUGCUUGGAAAAUGAUCAGGGAUGGUUGCCUAAUGAAAAUUACUAGGUCCUUGAACAAGGUUCUCACUAAGAAGAAUCCCAAGAUUUUGGCCAGAAAUUUGGGUUCAGAUCAAGUUGAAGAAGCAUCUGCCUGCAACAUUAGCAUCCAGGAUCCCAGUGUAAACCAAAAGGAGCUCCAAAGUACAGGAAAUCCCCAGGAAAACGCUCAAAUGAAUUCAGUUUGUGUGAAUUCCUGCAUAAAGGACCAAUUACAAUUAAAAAGCAACGUGAAAGCAGAUCUUUACAAUAUCAAGCAUAGCUUUCCUCUUUUCACUACCAAGUCCUCGACAUCUAUGCAACAACUUCGUUCUCCCACCUUGAACCCAGCUCUCUAUAUACAGAAGCCAAGUAAAAGUGAGCAGCUUGCAUCAAGUGGCCGCUCAAAGUCCUCAGCACUUGACUCCAACUUGGUGCUUGUGUCUACAACCAUCCCGUCUGUUAACCUUGUUUCUGAUGUAGAAAUGGGUCAUACUUUUGACUGUUUACCGAUGUUGGCUGAGUGGGAAGAUGUAGUUUUACUGCCAGCAUCUCAGGCUGAGCCAGACACAGACUGUAUGCCCCCUAUUAGUGACACAAAUGUGGAUACUUCAUUUAAUUCUGCAGAGAGAACACUGGUUUCAGAACAACCAGAAACACUUAGUUAUGAAAACUUUGACGACCUUAAGGAAACUCCUCAAAAUUCUGAGACACCUAAGUCUAUUGUGUAUAAGAGUCCUCACAGUACAGUCUAUAAUGUAAAGGGAGCCAAACACCCAGGUUCAGAUGCCUCUGCAUUUAAGUUACCCGAAUGCAAACCAUUUCCUUUCACCAGUGCUCAUGCCAAUGCAUCAUCACAUCCUUCAGUUUUGAGGAAACAACCUCUUCUUUCAGGUGGCACUAAAAGAAAUUCAUUUAGUCCUCCAAUGUUUCCACGAGCCAAAAAGCAGACCUUUGCUAUUCAUGAGGAAAAGUCAACAUCAUCUCUCUGCUCCCCAGGAACAACUUCUUGUAAAGUUCCUCCCUCUGUGUUAACAUCCACAGUUAAUCUACAAGAGCCUUGGAAGACUGGAAAGAUGACCCCCCCUUUAUGCAAGUGUGGCAGAAGAUCUAAGCGGCUUAUUGUUUCUAAUAAUGGGCCAAACCAUGGGAAAGCCUUCUAUUGUUGCCCUGUUGGGAAAUACCAAGGAGACAAAAAAUGCUGUAGUUAUUUUAAAUGGGAACAAACACUUCAGAAGGAAAGAACCAAUGGCAAAACUCUACCUCAUUCCUCAGGGCUCACUUUCAGCUCUCCAGACACAAGCCACAUUCAUGACAGAAGUUUAAAUUUUCCUACUAAAAAUUCUUUACGACUCAGACCUUCAAUGAGAAAUUGAUAAAACUCUUCUAAGCUGACUUUUACUUCAGUAUAAGCUUUAUCUGACGUUCACACAGGAAAGAUAGCAAUAGGUUUACAUUAUGUAGUCUCAGCAUAUCUGAGCACUGCAACUACUCUGGAGUGGUUCACACGAACAGAAGGGAAAUGGAUGACGUGCACUCUUGCCAAGUAGUUGUCUGUUCACGUGGCAAUCCUGGUUCCUAGAUUUCCAAACAUGAGCAUUUGGGUAGUCAUAUAUUUCAUACAUUAAUAUUUGCUGAAUUUAUCAAACUAUCCUAAAGAACUACAAGGAAAAACUAUUUUUAUAAACCAUAUUUAUUAGGUUAAAUUUAAUAACUAACCAUAGAAUAUGACCACUGUCUCUUAUACUUGACAUUGAAACAAAUUUCAGACUAUUUUUAAAUUACUUGAAUAAAAUUAUGACUAGUAAAAUUCCUACUCAACUUUUAGGUAAGUUUUCUAAGAAUUAUGAUAGUUUCCUUCAAAGCUUGAGAUUUGUUCUGAUUUGUAUAUUGGCAUAUUGGAAUUGUUAAGUUUUGAAAACCCAUGGGGCAGAGAUUUGGUUUAGAAACAGCUCCUAAAGUAAAUUUUAAGGCAUCACGGCAUCUGAUAACAUUCAUUUUAUGUUGCAAAUUACAGGAACAUUGGUGUGAACGCAGAAGGAUUCAGUGAUUAUAUGAUUUCAUAUUCAGCCUAUGGUGUCAUUCUACAAAAUAGUUUAAAUCCAAUUUAAAAGCAGUCUGCCCAUGUGAUCUGUGGUUCCUGCAGACUCAGAGACACUGUGUUUACUUGUAGAUAUGCAGGUGAUUAGUGGGCCAAGUUUAAGUUGUUGUCCAUUCCUUUCUCCUCAGUUCAUUUCUUUUGACCUUCCCACUGACAGUCUUUGGCAGCUCCUCAAUAAAUUCUAUCUGUUGGUAUUAAGGGGAGGAAGAAAUUAGUUCAUCACUUGUAGACUUCAUUCAGGUCAUGCCAGUUACCCAAUAUCUCUGUUUCAAAUUCUAGGUAAAAGGAUGAAGUUGGGUUUUUGUUUGUUUGUUUGUUUUGUUACAUUAAUAUUAUGAACUAAUUGACUGAAUUAUGUUAGGGGCUUCACUUUAACCUUAGAAUUUUUUGAUUAACUAUUGUCAUUAGCUCUGUUUGGAACCUCUUGCACAGCAUAUUUAAGGAGAAAGAUCAUUUAAAAGGAAAAAAACAAAUAGAAAAAUUUCCAAAACACUAAACAAGUAGCAGUUGUAACAAGGACACCUACCUUCCUGGGGUAUUUGUAAGGUGCUGUAGUCUUUUUCACAUGCUCCUGAAUCUCUCUUUUCAGUUGUUCUUGAUCAUGGGAUUUGUAAUCAGGAUUCAGGACAAUAAAGGCCUUUACUACCUAAAGUAAAUGUGUAAAACAUCA